AUGACAUUUAACAGAAAAGAAUGCUUAAGCGCCAAAGGAAUGAACAAUACCGAGCGCAAUUGGAACUAUUUAGAAGGAAGAAUAGAAGAUGCCAUCUGUAAAAGAAUCAUUGAUGCCAUCAGGUCUUGGGAAACGGACGAAAAACAUUUUGAAACUCUGAAGAAAGACUUGUUCAAAAAAUUCACUAGAGAAUUCCAGUUAAUUGAAUCUGAGCUGCGCAUGAUUGAAAACAUGCUGGAACGGUCCUCGGAAACAGAUUCCAGUGAAAGUAGAGAUUUGGCGGCCUACAUGGAAUUACAAGACCUAAUGGACAAUGAGGUGAACAAAAUGUCAAUUGUAGACUUUAACCUAGGUGAAAAAAUUGCACUCGGCUUAUUUUCACCUAUCAUUUUACCCAUUGGUGCGUUGGGUAUGCUUCUUGCGUCACCGGCAUUUCUUUUUGUUGACGUAAAAAAACAUGUAAGGAAGAGGAAAGAGAAACAAAUCUUAAAGCAAUAUGAGCAGAAAAAAUGUGAAUUUCUUCGAGACAGAUCAUCCGAGGCUUUGAAAAUAAUGGCUAAGCCUGAUGUUACAAAGGCCUAUGUCGAUGCUCAACUCCAAGAGGCCAGGGAUCAUCUACAGAUGAUGCGCGAGUCCAUUCCACAGCUUAUAUCAUCAACACGAGGCUACAUGCAGACCAUUAAAGAAGACCAACGGUCUAAGGAGCAGCUCAUCGACACUUAUGACCCUGUCGUCAAGAAGUUUACCAGAGUUAACCGUGCGCUGGAAGAUUUUGCUAUUACACAUCUUUUCUCGUACGAUUAUAACGAGACAGAUGUGGAAGUAGACAUCAGACGUGUGAAAGGGCAAAUGUCAUAUAAAGGGAACUGGACUGAAGUUUUCCAUGCCUUCUUAAAAUCGCCAAAGGGUCAAUCCCUCGAAAUAUCUGUAAAACGAUAUAAAUGGGCUACAUUUAAGAAGCAAGUACGUGAGGAAAUCAUUGAAAUGAGAAAACUGAACCAACAAAAGAGGAUAUUCAUUCCCACCAUAUUGGGUACUUAUUUGGACCCUACAACUGAACUGCCAUCUCUUAUCAUGAUCCCGCGUCUGACCAGUUUGAGGGUCCUCAGAAGUGGCAAGGGUAGUCGCAAAGUCGUCCCGGGUCAGCUGGUCCAUCAUUUACUCAAGGAACCGGUAGACUGUCUAAUCCAACUGGCGGACGCCUUGUCCUACCUGCACAAAAAUGGCCUCGUCUUUCUGGAUUUGUCUAUGGAUACAGUUAUGAUUACCGCUGGGAAUGGUAAAACCGUGAAGUUAGUGAACAUCAGCAAACCUGUCACGAUGUCACCCCCAGAUCCCAACUCCACCAUAGGGUCUAUGGUUUAUCUACCCUACAGCGUCCUUGCUGGCACCAAACCUUACGAUGCAGAUGCCAACAUCUACGCCCUUGGGCUCAUGAUGUGGGAGAUAUGGCAUAAUGAACAUGCGUACAAAAUUCACAGAAAUCUUGAAGUAAGCGUCUUUUCUGCUGGAAUCAGGCAGGGCAACUUCCCUCUGAAGUUUGAAACUGGUAAAAUGGACCCGACCUUGGAGGCAGAUUGGGAGAAGACCAUGAGGGCCUGUCUCUCCGGGGAAAUCGCCAUAAAAGACUGGAGAGCUCGAAUGCAUGAUAUAGAGGAUUUACUGAACCGAAAAGAAAGUACUGUGUAAUGGUGUUAAUUGUUAUCAAACAUGUUAACAAAUGCCUUUUCUGGGACGACAGAACAAGUAACCAUAUUUUUAUUAAAUGGGCACGUAUUUAAUAUGGAGUACUUUGAUCUUUAAAUAUGAUAUUUAUUAAAGAGAGUAUGCAAUGUAGCUGUUGAUUUAAUUUCCUAGAUUUUGUCCAUUGACUUGUACACUAUUAUUUUCACAUAAUAACGUUCGUAUUUUCAGUGAAUAUUCUUUGGAAACACAUAUAUAAUGUUUUUAUCUAGAAAAACUCUAACUGCUAGAAAACUACGCUAGCUUGUGUACAGUGAUGGCAUUUGGUUUUGUACGGGGAUAGACACGCAACUUUAAGACUUAGUGCUUUUAUAUAUGAUUAGCAUACAUCCUACCCUUAUAUAAAACGCAAUAUUGAGCAAUGAUGUAAUGUGUUGUUGGUUUAUGGGAAAUGCUUUUUAAAAAUUUCAUUAACUCAAGAAAAUAUUCACUGCAAAUAUUUAAAGAAGGAACCUAGCAUUUCGAAACUAUUGGUGUUUUUAAAAAACGAUUCUAGCACUUUCAUCGUAAUGAAAAUCAAUUACUAUUGUUUUGUUGUUUUAGUGAAAUGGAUUUUACAGUCAACGACUAUGAUCCGAGUUAUAUUUCAAUGAGCGUGGUAGAGUGGAUUGUGUGUGGAUAAAAGAAUCAAAUAGUGCAACGAACGAGAAGUAAAACAUAGUAACAUAAAGAUUAAAAUCAUUCUUUUAUGUUGGGAUGAAGGGAAUUAAAAUAGUUUGAUUGAGCGCUUAUUAUUCGCUUUUAAUGAAUACUUAUGGAGAAAAUAUUAAUUAAAUAUAUUAUGUAAGAGCGUAAAACAUCCCACCAUUACCAAAGAAGUGAAAGUAGACUGAAGAGAAGACUAGAAUGUAAAGUUUUGGGAAACCAGAGAAAAAUUUUUGAUGCAUCGUUGUAUGGGAAUGUGACAUGAUAAGAAUUAUUGUAAUUGUAAAUUAAGAAUGCACGAAUAAACA